AUCUUAUGUUCUGCUCUGGUUCGACUUUCUCCCGCGUACUCUUCCUUCUAUUCCAUUUGACGCACAGUAAUCGGUCUCCAAAUCAAUCUCGCAGGCCGGCCGAAAAUACGGCUCACAAGCCUGUGAAUCUUAUUUCAGGGCCUCAUAUUGAUACGGAGAUUAGGGCAUUCGAUACUCUCAAAUCUCAGAGUGCUCGGCUAGCUUCAACAGCGGUUUAUUAGAAUCAGAGAGCUCAGAGGAAUCCUUCAGAGUCUUCGAGGCGGGACCAUAAACUAGCGCUCGAUAUGGACGGACCGAGCACUUCGAGCAGGGAAGAGCUGAGAAGCCUACUGGCCCCGUUGUACAAUGCUCCAUGGCCCUUGGAGGAAACGAAAUCGCAAAGAGCAAGAGAACUAUUUGCACAGUUCUUCGAUAAAGCCUUGGACGACAUAUUGAAGGAUCGAGAGGACAACAACUAUCAACUGGAGGAUUCUCUGAUGAAACAAGUUGCUCUCCAAAUGGAAAAAGUCCUGUCUACGCUGAAACUCUCAUCGGAUAUCGACGAAAAAACGGCCCAGAGCGACGGAUCCGGAGUCUCAGAGGGGCAUGAAUGAGAUCGGAUUCAACCACGGGAGCUGUUCUCCACGCUGUGCGUCGAGCAGUGAGCGCACAAAAAUUCCCGGGAAACUUCGAGAGAGACUUGAAUGCUAGACAGGCCCGCUGAUCGGAACAGCCGAGCACGAGCGUUACCGCAACUAUCAUAAGACAUCGCUCGGAUCCUACUGGGACGUAACGUAUUUUAACCUGUGAAAAAAUACGCCUUCCCCGGGCAAACGUCCUUACAAUAAACACUCUACGAUCGGCACUCAGUUCGCCGCAGGAAUGAAAUACCUUUCGUGC